UGUCUGACACAGAGGAGAGCAUCUUGCGGACCACAAUUUUAAGUUCCGACCGGUGAAGUUGUCGGAGCCAUUUCGAGGUGGAGCCAAGUGUGCUUCCGCUUGUCAUUCAACGCGACAGUACGACAGUCUGCUUCAUCUCAGCUCUUCAGACGUAGGAGCUGAAUUUUGCGACCAGACAUAAUGACGCUGUUUCACUUCGGGAACUGCUUUGCCCUGGCAUAUUUCCCUUACUUCAUAACGUACAAGUGCAGUGGCCUUUCAGAGUACAAUGCCUUCUGGAGAUGUGUCCAGGCUGGAGCAACCUACUUGUUUGUCCAGCUCUGUAAGAUGUUGUUCCUAGCCACAUUUUUCCCCACGUGGGAAGGAGGAGCUGGAGUUUAUGACUUUGUAGGGGAAUUUAUGAAGGCAACAGUGGACUUGGCGGACCUGUUGGGCCUCCAUCUUGUGAUGUCUCGUAAUGCUGGUAAAGGAGAGUACAAGAUCAUGGUGGCUGCCAUGGGCUGGGCAACAGCAGAACUUGUGAUGUCCAGAUGUCUUCCUCUGUGGGUGGGAGCCAGAGGGAUUGAGUUUGACUGGAAAUACAUCCAGAUGAGCUUUGACUCCAACAUUAGUUUGGUCCAUUACAUUGCCAUGGCAGCAGUGGUGUGGAUGUUCACACGGUAUGACCUUCCUAAGAGCUUCAGGCUUCCUGUGACUGUGCUGUUGGCUCUCUGCGUCUACAAGGCUUUCCUAAUGGAGUUGUUCGUCCAUGUCUUCCUGUUGGGCAGCUGGACAGUGCUGUUGGUCAAAGCUGUGCUGACAGGCGCCAUUUCUCUCUGCUCUCUGUUUCUCUUCGUCACCCUGGUCCACAGUAAUUGAGUAAAACUCAGCACCCUGGGAUAAGCCUUCAUCAGUCUCUCUGGUCCAGAUUGGACCGGGGUCAUCAUGAAUAAGAAGCUGCCUCCUGAAACUGUUUCAGUCUUACAUCACACCAAAGCCUACUGAAAAAUGCUGUUGAUAUUGUUUUUGUUGGACUGAUCUGAUGUACAAAACAGGCAACUGAAAAGCUGUCAACGUUUAAAACAACCAGCUCUUCCGGUCUGAUUCGUCUGCACAGAUAACUGAUUGAAAACAUGCACUCAGGGUGAAGCUUUGUUUGCUUUCAGGUAACCAGUUAAAACUGCAGGAUGAGUUGUGACAUCAGGAGGCUUCUGUAUAUGACUGGUUUACCAGAUUGUUUGGUUUUGUUUAAAAGGUGAAUUUUGUAUCGAAACGACCACAAGUGAAUUGAAACUAUAAAUAACAUAAUUCUUUUCUAUAUGUCUAAUGAGCCAGUGUGAAUGCUUAGGUGAAACAGUAAACUGAUUUAUAACACGAGUGACAGUGAUAGUUCCUUUAUUGUUCAUUAUGUUGCCACAUGUUUAUCAAUUUAUUUAUACUCAAGUUAAUAUUACAAGUAGUCAAAUAUAACUAGCAGUUUUUCUCUAAUUAUUGAAGAAGUUGAAAAGAUCAAAGAUUAAAUGAAGAUUUAAAGUUUAACUGAAAGUCUAAUUGCAGCAGCAGUAUGAAUACAAUGCAGUUCACUCAGCAUUAUGACCACAUUGUUAAAUUGAGAAUCUGUGAUGUUGACAUUAAAGCGAAGUCUCUUUGUCUUA